UCAGGCAGUGCUGAUCACACGGCCAGAGCGUGGGCUCUAGAGUACGGCGAGUGUACGCGAAUCUAUUGGAGAAAUACCAGUUCUGUCACAACCAUUCAAUAUUACGAUGGCAUAGUCUAUACGGGAGGCAGUGAUUGCACGGCAAGACUCUAUGAUUCCAAUUCUGGUGCUCUUAAACGGACGUGUUUAGGGCAUAUUAAUGCCAUCUCUGCUCUUAAAGUAGCGCCGGGAAGAAUGUUCACCGGUUCUUAUGAUGGAAACAUAUGUGUCUGGGAUUGUAGUGGUAUUAUAGCCGACACUGUCUUUGGAAAUGUAGUCAAAUAUGACAACGAAAACCAAAGUGAGACCCCCGCCGGGAGACAAGAGCCAGACUUCAAUUCCUGGAGCCAUUCCGGGAGCUUCUGGGAACACUAG